AUUUUGCACCUUUUUUCGCACCGUACCUAGCCAACCGCGGCUAAAUCGGAGGUGCGGAUGAUGGUGGCGGUGGAUCGUGUCCGCUUGCUGCGUACCUUGCCCCGCACCUCUGAUUAGCAUGGUUGGCUACGGACGGUGCGAAAGAAGUUCAACGUGCACACGUACGUACGCACACACGCACGUGGAUUGAUGAUGGUGGCGGUGGAUUGUUUCCACUUGCUGUGUGUCUCAUUCACGUGUGCAGGCUGACGCCGAGGCUGACGCCCCCAGUGGGUUGCGUGUGCCAGGACCGCGUGGAUAUCUCCAAUAAUAACCACGUGGACGUCACCAAUAAGCCAUCUCUGAAUUGUAGGAACAUCAUGGAAACACAAACGGCGGCGGAGAUGGCGUGCGCGCUGAACCUCCGGAGGAUCGCCGUGCAGGGGAUUCCGGCCAAGUUCAGCCAGGGGAGCAUCGUGAACGACGUGCUGAGUGUGCACGUGUGCCCCUGGGCACCCAACUUCUCCGCCGCUCUCAACUUCCAGGAGAGCCACCGGAACGCGACGGGUGGUGCGGGCCGGGUGAUGGUGACGCAGGCGAACUCCCCCAUCAACUCCAACAUCACGUACGACGCCAGCAAGAAGACGAUCAGAGUGGACGAAAACCUGCACAACAUUUUCAUCAAGGAGUUCCCCGAGCAGAGUGGGCGCUACCCUCGCUGUGCCGUCGUGGGGAACGGAGGGAUCCUCGUCAACAGCUCCUGCGGCUCCCAGAUCGACGCAGCCGACUUCGUGAUCCGCUGUAACCUGGCUCCUGUGGACGGGAAGUUUUCCAACGACGUUGGGAUGAAAACAAGUUUGGUGACAGCGAAUCCCUCCAUCAUCAUAAAGAAAUUCCAGUCGCUCAACGCCAGGCGAACGCCCUUUGUCAAGGAGAUGGAGGCAUAUAAAGACACCAUCAUCCUCGUGUCCGGCUUCUCAUUCGCAGCCCUAACACCAAUUGCCAUGAGGCUCGUCUUCACGCUGGAGGACUUCGGAGCACAGCAGAGGGUCGCAUUCUUCAACCCCGACUACAUGAGGGCCAUCGCGCGCUUCUGGAAGGGCCAGGGGGUGAAAGAGCCGCGACCCUCCUCGGGGCUCAUGAUGACGAGCGUGGCCAUGGACCUGUGUGACGAGGUGCACGUCUACGGCUUCUGGCCGUUCGACCGGGGGGUCCCGGCCGGAGCGGGCGGUGUGGCGGUGAAGCUGACGCACCACUACUACGACGACCAGAAGCCCAACCGGCGCCACUCGAUGCCCCACGAGUUCCUGGAGCUGCUGGCGCUGCACAGCCGCGGGGUGCUGCGACUGCACGUGGGGGAGUGCGCGGCGCCUUGAGGGGGGGACGCCGCC